UUAGACAACCAGGAAGUAAAUUUUCAAGAGUUCAAAAACAGAAACGUUGGCCCUGGAAAAGACUCAAACAAUAACAGCUAUUGGAGAAUGACAGAUAUACUAGAAAAAAGAUUCCCAGCAGCUGACACAGUAGUUCUUUCAAAGGGAGACAGAUGCAAGCUAGUAGUGCAUUUGUUUGGUGCAACAGUUUUAUCCUGGGAAAACCGUGGUAAAGAAAUAUUGUUUCUAAGUGAAAAUGCAGUUUUCAACAACAAAAAAGCAAUAAGAGGUGGAAUUCCAAUUGUCUUUCCUUGCUUUGGCCCAUGGGAUAAAGGACCACAGCAUGGCUUUGCUAGAAUUAAAAGAUGGCAAGUAGAGAGCCCUCCAAAGGAAGAGGAUGGCAAUAUUGUUUGUUGUUUAUCUUUAAGUGAUGAUGAAGAAACCAGACAAAUGUGGGAUUAUCAAUUUAAACUUUUGUAUACAAUACAGUUAGGAGUAUCAUCACUGACAUUAAAACUUACAAUACAAAAUACAGGAAAUAAAGAAUUUGAUUUUACUACAUUAAUGCAUACAUACUUUAGGACAGGUGAUAUUUCACAUGCAUCUAUUUCUGGUUUAGAACAACUUACAUAUAUAGACAAGGUAGCUGAUGGAAAAGAAGAGGUUGAAAAAAGAGAAUUUGUUGAUAUCCCAGAGAAUUAUGAUAGAGUUUACAAAAAUUGUCCAAGUGAAAUAAUAGUAAAAGGAGUAACAGUAAAAUCUGGGGAUGUUUUAAUCAAAACUCAAAAUUUUCCAGACAUAGUGGUAUGGAAUCCUUGGGCAGAUAAAGCUAAGGCAAUGGCUGAUUUUGGAGAUGAUGAAUACAAGACUAUGUUAUGUGUGGAGGCUGGCUAUGUUAGUAAACCUGUUACAAUAGGUCCUGGAUCAGAUCUACACUUUAGUCAAACACUGUCAAUGCUAUAAUAUGUAUUUUGUCAACGAUUAAAUCAAAUUACAAACUGAUCAGGGUCACAUAGAAUGAAUUAUUAUAUCUUUAUCCUCUCCAAUGUUUUGAGGUCUUUUUCAGUUACACAUUCUCAAAUACUUUUCUUAAGUCCAUAUCAAUUUUGGUUAAAUAUAGGAUUUUUUUUAAUUAUUCUAUUGUGGAAGAUAUAAUAAACAAAAUCAUUUUAUUUGGCUUGAAUAUUAUUUUUACUUGGCAUUUUGUUUUAUACUUUAUAUAUGCAUGUUGCAACUUAUUUUUGUAUGUUUUUUUAAUGGUUAUUUGAUGCAUUUAUAAACAUUUGUAUAUUUAUAUACAUAUACUAAUGAUCUACAAAUGUCUGUAGUAUUUAUGAACUUAUAUUAACUUAAUUGUGGUUGCUAUUUAUAUUAUAUACAUGUAUCAUGUGAAUUGACAACAUUUUUUCUUAGGGUAGCAAUAAUAAACAUGACAAAAAUAGAA